UACGCACCACAAGAGGGAGGAGACGUGUGGACUUGGUGUCUGUUCUCCAAACGUCCUGGACUCUGUGGUUGAGUUGGUUGGAGCUGGAGGAUGUUUGUCACUGUCCUGUUUGGAGGUCAGAACAUUUCCUGUACUCGUAUUGCAACAUUGUUGAUUUCUGCUGUUAUUGGUUUGACAAAGGAGCUUAUCUUGGCAGACGGCAGGAUGGAAAUGUUAAACCUAAACUGUAAACUGGUCAACUUCAUUCAUCACCUGAAGGAAAAGUGCGGUCUGGACUUCAAAGGUAACUGCACGGAGCGCGUGGAGCUGAUGGACAGCGGGGGCCGCGUGAUGAACCUGGAGCCGCUGCAGCACAGCGGGGCCCCGGCCAGCAGCGUGCUGGCAGCCAGGCGGCUCUACGUCCUGCUGCGGGUCUGCGAAGGAAAUGAAGAAUCGGGGGGUUGCAGAUACGUCUCUCUCCUGAACAACACCAAGAGCCACCCUGAGUUUACAGAACCGCUGAAGAAACUAUCAAAUCCCAACAAAGAGACGGAGAGAAAGGUCAGAAGACUGAGGACACAGAGGAGUAGAAACAUCUCCCCAGCUGCCAGGAAUAAGAAAUCUUAACUAUUUGUCAUUUCCUUCACUGUUUAGUGAAUGCCUUCUUGCAAUGUUGGUUUUCGCAUCAAAAAGUGAGCCGCCAUCAUAUUACUAAUCAAAACCAGCAGAUUAAAGAAACGUUUCCACUGUUAGCAUUCGACUCUGUCAACUGAUAUGCGAUGUACCGAUUUAUGUAAUGAAAGAAGUUAUAUAUCAGCAGCCAAAGUGUGAUGUCUGCUUUGCUUUCAAGUUGCAGUCUCUGUUGCAGCCACUAUCAGAUUGUCUAAACUCAGCACAUCUCCAGUCACUGUAGUGCAUAACAGGUUUCUGCUCUCCCUCUCACUUUUUUGUCUCUGCUGCUGUUAAAAUGGAGCCCAGCUCCAGGUUGUCGUCUCGUGAAAAUAAGAGACUAAGGUCCAGUGAGUCUCACUGCAAUCCAUGUGGAGUGAUGUGACUGACCAGCAGGACAGACAGCAAGCUGGACCGGGCUCCAUUUGGGAAGAACAUAUUUUGGUCGUCUAAUUUUUUUUUUCUUCUGUCACUGCAGCUUUAAAUAAUUUUCAAUAUGUCUGUAUACAAAAGAAACAAAGAAUACUGCACACAGUAAAGGUUUCAGGAAGGGAUGUUGUAAUUUGUUAUUUAUUUUCAACAAAUAAAUAGUCUGAAUUUUCAGACUAUUAAGUUAAAGCAGUAAAAAAUAACACCUUAAGUUUCAACAUAACAACAAAUGUAAAUAAACAUCCAAAUAUUCUGAUAUAGCUUUUUUUUCUUUUCUU